GGUAAUAAAAGAUGAGCUACUUCUCCUGAAAAACUUCAUUACCUUUGCGAAGUUCGAAUCGUCAACAACUUAGUGUCUGAUCACCUCUUAACUUUUGAGAGCUCCACAGCGGGAGAUUGUCAUUGAUAUACACUACGCCAAUAAACAUCAUCUCAUCUCUUGCCAUCAUUCUUAUCUUGGUUUUAGUGAUAUUAUAUUUACUUUUAUCACAACUGAGCGUGACAUAUAUUUGUGACUUUAUACUUGAUUUUUAUUUUGGAGUAUUUAUCAUGGAUAUCGCUGCGAUGUUCGUUCAUCAUCUUCUGCUGAUCGUUCUCCUCCUCGUCAACGUGCCCAUCUUUCAAGCAAUCAUCUGGUCACCGGCAAGCAACGUUCUUUUGGCAGGUUCGAAGAGGCACAUCACGUAUAUCGACAGUGUAUCUGCGGGUAUCCAGAAGGCAGUACAGGAGUGUCAGUUCCAGUUCAAAUGGGACAAGUGGAACUGCCCAGAGGCAUCCGUAUUCACUAAUACACAAGCUAAUCGUGAGAUGUCGUUCGUCCAAGCCAUCGCGUCUGCUGGGGUCAUGUACUCGCUGACCAAGAACUGCAGUCAGGGAGCGUUUGACGACUGUGGCUGUGACCAGAGGCGGAACGGAGAUACAGGCGGUGAAGGUUGGACUUGGGGCGGCUGCAGUGACAACGUAAGAUUCGGCGAACGAUUGGCAGAGGACAUCAUGGACGAUGCUCAAAAGUCGGAUGGCGCCAUCACCGUCAUGAACAUGCACAACAACGAAGCUGGCCGAAAGGCUGUGAAGCAAACCCUUCAGCGAACUUGUAAGUGUCAUGGUGUCUCCGGAUCUUGCUCUCUUCAAACCUGUUGGAACCACGUCGCCAACUUCCGGGUCAUCGGUGACGAGAUUAAGCGAAAGUACUUCAAGGCAGUACGCGUCGACUUCGUCAGCGGGAAACUCAUCGACGGCAACCGCGCAGCAGAUGACCGCUUCCCCCGAACCGUCAUGACCGCGUCCCUCAACCGCCGUGACCUCGUCUUCCUGGACCAGUCCCCCGACUACUGCCGCGCCAACCUGACCAUCGGCAUCAGCGGUACCGCCGGCAGAGAGUGCAUGGUGCGUGAGGACGUCGAAGUCUCGUCGUCGUCGUUCAACAAGGAGUCGACGUCGCCGUCGUCGUUUCGCUGGGUGAAGCAGAGCUGCAGCAGACUGUGCAGGAGCUGUGGCAUGGAGAUCCGCAAGACUGAGGUCGUCAUCACAUCAAGCUGCAACUGCAACUUCGUUUGGUGCUGUCAGGUGAAGUGCGACACCUGUAGGCGAACUGUGACCAGGCGAACGUGUCAUCCAGUCGGAUCUGCUCUGGGUCGUUAGAAGUAUUCGAACUUGAAAUGAACAUUCUCGGUCAAGCUGGACGCAUUUUAAGACUUUUUCUUUGAUGUCAGAAGAAACUGUAUACCAAACACCUUGCAUUCUACGUUCUUUUGAUAUAAAACUGUAAUAUCUUUAAAAUGGAAACUGGUUUUUCAUGAAUUAUGUCUGUAGGCCUUGAAUUUACGCAAUUAACAUAACAUGUUUGAAGGUAUUAUUUUGCUAGCUACCUAAAUAAAAAAAGGCGAAAUUUGAUGCCAUAUUAUGUCUUUACUUUCGUCUUAUGGCUUCCUGAUUUUAUAUCAAUGCCUAAUACACGGGAAUGUAUUUUGUAUAUAAUGUAAUUAAUAUAAAUGACUAUUUUGUAAUAUUGGUGGAUGGAUUUGAAUCGAAGGUCUUAGUUGACCUAUCUUUCGCUGCCUUAUUUUUCUAAUUACUUUGUUUAAACUUGCCAGGUAUAUUGAUGUUCAUGUGGAUUUUAAGGAAAAUACAUUUGAAUGGAUAUAAAACGUGA